UCACCCGCAGGCACUCCUUUUCCCUCACCCGCAUCCGGCCAUCCCGCAUCCCGCACGGCACGGCACGGCCGCCGACACUCCUGCCCAUCUCCAGCCCAGCGCCGGAGUCGGUGGUCACCUCUCCAUGGCCGUCCCGCACCUCCGCGGCCUCCUCCUCCGUCGCAUCCCGCACGGCCGCUGGCUCUCCCGCAGGAUCGGAUCCCAUCCACCUCCACCUGCCAUGGCCGCCUCGCGCCUCCACCGCCUGCUUCUCCGUUGGGCCGAAUCCUGUCGCCGGCCAGCGCCAGUGCUCACAGCGCCAUGGCCGCCCCCUCGCUUACUCACGCCACCCGUCCACCACCGUGCGCUGCCCGUUGUUGGCCGUUUGUUUCGGCCGACCGGCGGCCGCCGGUACGACGUCUUCUGGGCGCUGGGACGCGGACCAGGCGGGGUUCUGUUGCUGCUGCCCCAGGUCGUCAAGGAACAAUACUGUCAAGCUGGGCGAACCCCCUUCCUCUGCUCCAAGCCUCUAGGUGCAGUUGGGAUGCAAGCCAUCCGCCCUUUGUCCACCGGUGUCGUUGCUCUGCUCCGCCCUCUGGCCACCGGCGCCGUUGCUCUGCUCCACUGCCAUCAUCGUUUGCCAGGAACCCGGUUUUAUCUACGUCUUCCCCAGGUCAACAGAGCCGCAUUUAGUUCACUACUUCUGACUAAGCUUCUUGACGUGGAGGUCAUUGAUGAUUGAUAUUGUUCACUUCCUCUCCCCACGAUCUCCCGCAAGUAACUGACUUAUUGAUCUCCACAAGUAACUGACUUAUUCCCAUUUAAAUUGGGUGCUCCACAACCCAUU